AUGCUCAUCACGGAGACACAUAAAGAUGUGCCGACCAAGGCAGGCGGUGACAUGAGGAUCUUCAUCUUCCAUCCCACUGUCCCCAAUUACCCCAAAGCCAAGUUUCCGGGUGUCGUUGUGUUCUCCGAGAUAUAUCAAGUCACUGGACCCGUAGCCCGCUUCGCCCGUCAAAUAGCGUCGCAAGGCUAUAUUGUUGCAGCUCCGUCAUCCUAUCACGAGUUCACAGGUCCAGAACCUCUUGCGUACGACGGUCCGGGUACGGAUGCCGGAAAUGAAUGGAAGAUCACCAAGACAGUUGAAGCAUAUGACGAAGAUGCCACACUAUCUAUUGACACACUGCUUGAACUGCCAACGUGCAACGGACGGGUUGGCGCUACUGGUAUGUGCCUGGGCGGCCACCUAGCCUACCGCUGCGCUCUUGAUCCGCGCAUAUCCAGCGCAAUCUGCUACUUCGCGACGGACAUUCACAGUUCCACAUUAGGCAAAGGCAAGAAGGACGACUCGCUUGCCCGCACCAAGGACAUCAAGGGGGAGCUUGUCAUGAUCUUUGGUAAAAUGGAUACCCAUGUUCCACCCGAGGGCAGGGAUCUGAUUAGGAAGACGCUUCAUGAGGCUGGAGUGACAUUUUCAUUCUACGAACCGGCUUGGGCACAACAUGCCUUCAUCCGUGACGAACUUAGCAAGGGUCGGUAUGAUGCUGCGUUGUCGGGGAUUUGCUUUGAGAUGCUCAAGGAACUUUUCAAUCGGACGCUCCGAAGUGAUCUGGGACCCAGGAGCGGGGGUGGCAUGGAGGUGGAAGAUGUUUGCUAA